GGAGUCUCUGGAAGCGUCCUGUUGCCAUGGCGACUGUGUACACAGCCUGUCGGCUGGCUGUCCAGCUUGUGAACAGAAUCCCUCAAGUCGCUGCAGUUAUAGCGGUCGCUCUACUCGAGUGCCGCUGCCUCGCGAGUGACUGAAGAUGGACCCACGCGUGGAGCUUCAGUCACCCUCUGAUUCCCAACCAUGAGUAUCACCACCAACCACCAUUUCCUGAGCAGCUGCUGUGUGCUGGGCACUGCUCUGGACCCUGUGGGGGGAAUCACAAGAGAUACAAGGCACAGUCUUUGUCCUCAAGCAGCUUGUAGUUUGCUUUGAGAGCUGAAGCCCACAUAAAUGAAGCGACACAAGAACGGUAACAAGCAGUAUUUCACUAGAAUGGGUACUAGGAAAAAGGUUCAAGCGUUCGUCCGUGUCAAGCCUACUGAUGACUUUGCUCACGAAAUGAUCAAAUACGGAGAUGACAACAAAAGCAUUGAUAUUCACUUGAAAAAAGAUAGUCGGAGAGGAGUUGUCAAUAACCAGCAGACAGACUGGUCAUUCAAGCUGGAUGGAGUUCUUCAUGAUGCCUCCCAGGACUUGGUUUAUGAAACAGUCGCCAGGGAUGCAGUUUCUCAAGCCCUUGAUGGAUACAAUGGUACCAUCAUGUGUUACGGGCAGACAGGAGCCGGCAAGACAUACACCAUGACGGGGGCAACUGAGAAUUACAAGCACCGGGGUAUUCUCCCUCGUGCCCUGCAGCAGGUUUUUAAGAUGAUUGAAGAGCGCCCCACACAUGCCAUCACUGUGCGUGUUUCCUACCUGGAAAUCUAUAACGAGAACCUGUUUGACCUCCUGUCGACGCUGCCCUAUGUUGGACCCUCAGUCACACCAAUGACCAUCGUGGAAAACCCUCAAGGGGUCUUCAUUAAGGGCUUGUCGGUCCACCUCACAAGUCAAGAGGAGGAUGCAUUCAGCCUUCUCUUUGAGGGAGAGACCAACAGGAUCAUCGCUUCCCACACAAUGAACAAAAAUUCAUCCAGGUCACACUGCAUCUUCACCAUCUACAUGGAGGCCCACUCUCGGACCUUAUCAGAUGAAAAGUAUAUCACUUCCAAAAUCAACUUGGUAGAUCUGGCUGGCUCAGAGAGGCUGGGGAAGACAGGGUCAGAAGGUAGAGUCCUAAAGGAAGCCACCUACAUCAACAAGUCGCUGUCGUUCCUGGAGCAGGCCAUCAUUGCCCUUGGGGACCAGAAGCGGGACCACAUUCCUUUCCGGCAGUGCAAGCUCACCCACGCCCUAAAAGACUCCUUAGGGGGAAACUGCAAUAUGGUCCUUGUGACAAACAUCUAUGGAGAAGCUGCCCAGUUAGAAGAAACGCUGUCUUCCCUGAGGUUCGCCAGCAGGAUGAAAUUGGUCACUACUGAGCCUGCCAUCAAUGAAAAGUAUGAUGCCGAGAGAAUGGUCAAGAACUUGGAGAAGGAGCUGGCAUUGCUCAAGCAGGAACUGGCUAUCCAUGAUAGCCUGGCCAACCGCACCCUCGUGAAUUACGACCCCAUGGAUGAAAUCCAGAUUGCUGAAAUCAACUCGCAAGUGCGGAGGUACCUGGAGGGGACACUGGAUGAGAUUGAUAUAAUCAAUUUAAGGCAGAUUCAGGAGGUGUUCAACCAGUUCAGGGUGGUGCUGAGCCAACAGGAACAGGAAGUGGAGUCUGCCUUGCGCAGAAAGUACACCCUCAUAGACAAGAAUGACUUUGCAGCCAUUUCUGCUGUCCAGAAGGCAGGGCUUGUGGAUGCUGAAGGUCACCUAGUAGGUGAACCUGAUGGACAAAGCUUUGGACUUGGGGUUGCUCCUUUUUCUAUCAAACCUGGGAAGAAAUCCAGGUCUAAGAAGACACUGAAAGAUCAGCUCAGCUCCUCAGCAAGAAAGGAAGGUGCUAGCAGCCCUGUGAGUGGCAAGGACUUAGAUGUGAUUUCCAUCUCCAAGACCCAGCUGAUCCCCCCAUCUUCCAAAGAUGGGGAUAUCAAAGACAUGUUUCCACGAGACAGGGAGACAUCCAGUAUUGAACCCCUUCCCUCAGACUCUCCUAAGGAAGAGUUGCGCCCACCCAGACCCAGCACCCCACCCUCUAAACCUGUGGCCUUUGAAGAUUUUAAGAAUGAACGAGGUAGUGAGAUCAACCGCAUCUUCAAAGAAAAUAAAUCCAUUUUGAAUGAACGGAGGAAAAGGGCCAGCGAGACCACCCAGCGCAUCAAUGUCAUCAAGCGGGAGAUUGAUGUGACCAAGGAUGCACUGAAUUUCCAGAAGUCACUGCGGGAGAAGCAAGGUGAGUACGAGAAUAAAGGCCUGAUGAUCAUUGACGAGGAGGAAUUUCUGCUGAUCCUGAAGCUCAAAGACCUGAAGACGCAGUAUCGAAAUGAGUACCAAGAACUGCGAGACCUCAGAGCUGAGAUCCAGUACUGCCAGCGCCUGGUGGAUCAGUGUCGCCACCGCCUGCUACUGGAAUUUGACAUCUGGUACAAUGAGUCCUUUGUCAUCCCAGAGGAUGUUCAGGCAGCACUAAAGCAGGGCAGCAGUAUCCGGCCAGGCAUGGUACCUGUCAACAGGAUUGUGUCUCUGGGAGAAGAUGACCAGGAUAGGUUCAGCCAGCUGCAGCAGACUGUACUGCCUGAGGGUCCUGAUUCCAUCUCCUUUUACAAUGCCAAAGUCAAGACAGAACAGAAGCACAAUUAUAUGAAAACCAUGGUGGGCCUCCAACAGUCACACAGAAAACAGUCUCAUCAAUAGCUCGAAGACCAGCGACUCUAGUCGGUUCUAAGAAAGCUGCUAAACCACGUGCUCAGAGCUCCAGCCACUUGCUCUGCUGCAAGCUGGAACUAAACCCAGAGAACACACAGUUGCCUGCCUGCUAGGAUGAACAUCCUCCAAAAGACACCCCUGCUUGUCUCCACAGAAUACUUUUGAUUUUAAUUUGCUACCACAUGUAAAAAUCAAGAUAAGAUUACUUUUUUAACUGCUGAGCCAUCUCUCCAGUGAUAAAAUUACUUUCUAGUUUGGAUUUAAAACUGUUUGGAAUAGUACUUAAUAUUCUGUCUGAAAGGGACAUCUUCAUUAUGUAUAGUUUGUGGCUAAAACCUUGUCCUAGUGUUUCCCUAGCAAGCAAUGACACCUGGGAUUUGGUCCCUAGCAUCUUUCUCUCUCUCUCUCUCUCUCUGACACACACACACACCCUGCACACAGGAUGAGGAGGAUUGGGAGUGUAGUUCAGUGGUACUUUACUUGCCUAGCAUUCACGAAACUCUUCCAAGUCCGACACCACCAAAAGGAAAAAGAAUAGCUAAUAUUGUAGCUAGGGUGGCAGGACAGGCCUGUAAUCCCAGCACUUGGGUGGUGGUGACAGGAAGAGCAGGAGUUCUGUUACACGUCUAGUUCAAAGUCAGUCUGGACUUUAAGAAACCUAUCUCAAACAAAAACAAAAACAAAAACAAACCCUAAAAGCCACUUGAGCCUUGAGUAGGAAAUCAAAAUAGUAAUUCAGGCUCUGCCUGUCAGUCUCUUUCCUCUUCAGUGGGCAUCCUGAGAUGAGCUUGGUCUGAGAAUACUUCUUACAGCUCCCAACCCAUCCUUCUAGCUGGGCAACCAGAAGAGGAUCAGGUGUAGUUAGUGGCCUAUGAGAGGGAGAGGCAGAACUGGGCCCCUGUGCCCAGGAGCGUCUGACCUUAGACUUUUCCAGUCAAGUACACACAUGGUAUGUGUUGCGGCUUCUCUGUCUUGCCUCCUCCCUUUGUCAGUGUGUGUGACUACAGACACACACAGGUGAAGGCGCCCAGGUUACCCUGGACAGGAACAGGGAUCACAGCAGCAGGCCUGAGCAGGGAAGAGGAAACAUUCAUUACUCCUGAGUCAAGUCCUCAGGGUCUGGAGCUUGUGUCCUUGGUGAUGGCACCAAGGGAAAGAGCUCACUGCUUCACUCAGGACAAACACAGGCUCUGGGAGCUUCCCAGCUGACCAGUGUACCUUGGGGCUGAGAAAGGCAGCCUCUGCUGAGUGACCUGUUUGGAACUUCCACACAGUCUUUCUUCCUGACUCGUGGGCCAAGGCUUUGACCCUGAACAUGGUAUGACAGCAAUCCUUUUUCUGAUACCCUUGAAUGCCCAAGAUGAUAGAGACCUACAGUGGAAUUACGAGGAAGCCCUAUCAAGGGAAUCAGUGAGAAAAUAUUCCAGACCGCACUUCAGAGGUCUUCGGGCCCUCAGAUUACUUUAUAUGAGGCAGGUAUGAGCUGGGACAAAGGACAUGGCUAAGUGAGUAAGAGUGCUUGUUCUGCAGGCAUGAGGACCCAAGUCUGAAUCCCCUUUAUAUGCAUAAGAAACAUGGCUGCAUAAUCUCUGCACUGGGGGGGGGGGGUCACCCAACAUACUCUCAACAGUGGCCUUCCUGUUGACCAGAGACAAUCCUUACUUGGGAUAAAGGAUUAGGUAGAGAGGUAGGAAAGGAGUAAGUGGGUGGGUAAGUAAGUAGCCUCUCACUCAAUUCCAGUUCAACUGUGGACUCCAUGGGGAAUGAUCUUUUGUUUUUCCAAGCCUUAGUCAGGUUCCAUUUGAGUCAGAACUCUGGCCUGGGUGUGUAGAAAAAAAAUGCCAUUUGAGAAAAAAGGUAACACCCAGUUCUAUCUUAGAACACAUCUAAUUGCUUAUGUGUUGUAUCAGUCAAUCUAUAUUCGUUUAUUAGUCAAUAUAUUAGUUCAAAGUCUAUAUUGGUUGUGGAUAUGGUUCAGCGGCAGGGGCCGCUUGCUUAGUGUUCUGUUUCAUUGUGUUGCUGUGAUAAAACACCUGGAAGCAGCUUAGGGGAGGAAAUGGCUUACACUUCUGGGACACAGUCCAUCACUUCAGGAAAUCAGAGCAGAAAUUAUGCUAGUUUUCUUAUGCAGCCCUGGACUGGCUACUUAGGUAUGUGCUGCCCAAAGUGGGCUAGGCCAUCCUCCACUAAUAACUACCCACACAAAUGCCCACAGACCAAUCUGAUCUAAACAAUUCCUUGGCUGAGGCUUUCCUCUCAGGUGACUCUAGGCUAAGUCAAGUUGACAAAGCUAACUAGGACACCUAACAUAUGCAAACCACUGGGUUAAAUUUUCAGCACCAGAAGGGGGAAAAUUUACAAAUAGUUUUGAAGAAUGUGCUCAGGAUCAUCCGGUAUUCCCCUGUUCUAAAGACGUUUCCCAUCCCUUUAUCAAAUCCUAGGACAUACCUGUGGUGGACUUGGGCUUUCUUCCCUUUUAUUUAUUUAUUUAUUUAUUUUAAUAAAUCACCAAAGUUGACUUUAAGGGCUACUAGUAGCCACCCUGAAGUGUGAUGGGAUGGAUGUGGUCUGGGCCCAUGGGAGAUACUACUAGGAGGAGCAAUUCUCAAGGUUUUUAUGGUAUUCAGCACUCUAGGAGUGGGAAUAGGUUUCAUGUUGGUGAUUUUGGACAUUUUUUCCUUUAAAUACAUUGGAGGGCUUUCUGUACAAAAGCAUGGGCUGGUAGGGCAUGGUGACUCACAUCUUUAGUCCUAGCACUCAGGAAGCAGAAGCAGCUGUAUCUUUGAGUUUAAGGCCUGCCUGCUACACAGUGAGACCCUAUCUUUAAAAAAAAAAAGGGGGGGGAGCGGUAUUCAAUAAGCUAAAAAGUGUUCACUGCUUUGGUCAGGAAGCUGAUCAUAGUAAAUACAGAGAAUGAGGUAGGAGGAUAGGGAACUAGGGCAAGUCUGGGCUGAAAAGAAAAAAGGAUAUCCAAAUCAUGUUUUAUAUUGUGAGCCAGUCUCCCAUAGCACAGGCUGGCCCCAAUCUCACUGUGUAGCUGAGGAUGAUCUUGAUGCCCCUGCUCCCUGCCAGGACGUGUUCCAAGGAUGCCUGUCUUUGCCUUGAAUCUAGCCUGCAUGUGGAGGGACAUAUCUGCAGUCCUAUCUUGGAGGUGGAGGCCAACCUGGGAUAGGCACAGCAAAGCAGACUCCAGAGGUUCCUGAAUACUCUCAAAAAUACUGCCUGACUGAAAAUUCUGAAUCAAAGAGUUAUGGGCCUUAUGAUUUCCACUGACCCUAUGGUUUGACAUGCUUAUUCCAGUAGGUUAUGACCAGACUGUUAUCAUCACCUGGCAAGUACUCUUCUGUCCCCUGCUAAAAAACUGCUUACUUUUAAAAAAUUAUUUUAUGUGCAUUGGUGUUUUGCCUACACAUCGGUGUGAAGGUGUCAGAUCCUGUAGAACUGGAGUUACCGACAGUCAUGAACUGCUAUGUCGGUGCUAGGAAUUGAACCCGGUUCCCCUGAAGAAGAGCAGUGCUCUUCAUCACUGAGCCAUCUCUCCAGCUCCAUUGACUUUGUUU